CGCGCAAUGGAAACCACCCACCGCAAGAUCGAACUCCAAUCGCCCCUCGACCUAACCUACCUCCAAAACAACGCAACCCUCUGUCUACGCGAAAAACUCGAUCUACACUUCCCUCCUUCCGCCGCUCCCGCCUCUGCCUCUGACGAUGUCUUCAAAUCGCGCGUCGAAGAUCUAGUCUCGCAAUACUUGGCAAAGGUGUUUGAAGACGUAAAGGCAAAUUUGGCUGUUAAUGGAUUAGAGGGGAAGGAGAUGGAGGAGGCGGUCAAGAUGGCCGAGGGGAGGGGGGAAGAGCUCGAACCAUACGACACAAAGCUCUCCCAAAAACUCCAAGGCCUGUCUGCACAAAUCGAGAACUUGACUCUGCAACUUGCAAAUUUGAGAAGGGAAGCUCCUGCAAAGGCUGCUGCUGCAUAUGCUGCAAAACUACAGACUGAGGAUCAGACUUUCCAAGAGGCGAGAAGAGCUGCAGAGGAUGAGCACAAGGCAAAGAUACAAGAAGAGAAAGAUCUGUGUGGUGUUAGUCAAGUCAGAGACUGGGAUGAGUGCGAGAGGAAUUGGGAGCAAGCGAUAAAGGGUUUGGUCGAUGUCAAAGAGAGUAUUGGCGCUACGAGUGCGAGGUUGGUCCAAGCGAGGGAUGCUGCUGCAUAUUUGGAUCAGGCUGGCAAAUGA